AUGUCGAGUAUAUUCAAGAGUCUUUCGCGGCAAAAAACCGCUGAGACCAUCAGCGCGCAGUUCACCAAGGGGCGGCUGGACAAGUCCGGGUGCUAUGAGAAUCUACUGCCGGUGGAGGAAAAGCUGCUGAGCGAUUUCUGGGGGCGGCUGCUGGAGGACUUUGACAAGCCGAUAGAUUCGAUUCCAUGCGACCCGAUCAACCGGCCGGUCGACUACGACGAUGCGGCGGAGCAGCAGAAGGCCAAGGACACGCCGCCGUUCGAGGUGUACAAGGGCACGAUGUUCAACGAGUCGGUGGCAGACAAGUGCAAGGAGCUGGGGAUUGUGUCGGAGGAGGGCUCCGAGGGCGAGCUGGUGCCUGCGUAUCAGACGCAGAUCCGGGACAACACGCUGCGGAGCGCGUUCUGGUCGGUUAUCCGCGAGGACCACCCGGACGUGCUGAUGCUGCGGUUCCUGCGUGCGCGCAAGUGGGACCUGGACAAGGCGUACAAGAUGGCGAUUGCGGCGGUCAAGUGGCGCGUCACGGAGAAUGUCGAGGAGAUCAUCUGGUAUGGCGACCUCAAGAACGACGCGUCGCUGAUGUGGAAGGGCGUCAGUUACGCCCACGGCCACGACAAGCUGGGCCAGCCUAUCAUCUGGUCGAGCUCGUGCCUGCACCACCAGAAGGAUCAGUCGUACACGCAGCUGAAGCGACGCUGCGGACGCUGCUGGCGCCGACCGAUUGAGCGCGUGUGCCUGAUCAUGGACCUGACGGACCACUCGAAUGCCAACAUGGACUGGCCGUUCGUCAAGACGUUCGUCAAGUUCCUAGAGUCGUACUACCCGGAGUGCUUGGGAGUGUGCAUUGUGUACAAUGGGCCGUGGUGGUUCUCGGGGGUGUGGAAGAUGAUCUCGCCGCUGCUGGACCCGGUGGUGGCAAGCAAAAUCCAAUUUGCGCAGAAGCCCGAGGGCCUGAUGAAGUUCAUCGACGAGUGCCAGCUGCUGAAGGCGCGCGGCGGCAAGGACGCGUACGAGUACGAGUAUAUCAAGCCGGCAGCAAGCGAGAACUCGCGCAUGUUCGAUGCGGCUGGGCGCGAGCAGGUGACUGCAGUGCUGGACAAGGUGCAUGAGCGGUUUAUUGAGGUGACCAAGGCGUAUGUGCAGGCCAAGAAGGACGACGACGAGGCCAAGUUCAAGGAGCUGGCGGCCGAGCGCGUGCGCAUCAGCAACGAGGUGCGGAGCGUGGCGAUGGAGAAGGACGCGUAUACGCGGGCGCGGCACUUUUACCACCGCACGGGCGUGCUGGAGGGAGUCAAUGUCGACUGGACCAAGGUGCAGGCGGUCAGCCCUGAGGACCUGGCGGCGGCCGAGGCAGCAGCGCUGCAGAGCAAGAUGACGUCGGGGCUGAGAUCCGGCACGCAGUCACGCGCCAGCUCAGGUGCUGGCAUCGCGCUUGCCGUCGCGCGCACCAUCGAUGCAGCCCGAAACCCCGGCCGCCUAGAGCACGCUGGCGCCGUAGCGGGGGAUAGCCUACACAUUUCCUUACUCUUUCUCUUUCAGUUCACAGAGAACUCCCAGAUUACAUCAUUGGCUCGAUGA